AUGAAGAGAGGUGAGGGAGAGCCCGUGGGUGCCAGCAGAGCGUGGGAGCGGCAGCUGCUUCUGUGCCCUGCCAGCCACCCCAGACCCAAGUCAGCCCAAUUCCGGGGCUGGGCUCCCGUCCCCGACUCUGAUGUGAAUUGCCUCAUUGAAGAAGCAGCCAAAAUGGAGAAGAUCAAGUUUCAGCACAUCAUGUCCAUCUGUGGGGUUUGCAGGCAGCCCCUAGGUGUUGUGAUGACAUUCACGGCCAGUGGCUCCCUGGAGAAGAUGCUUUCCACUCACAGCUUCGGCUGGCAGCUCAAGAUCUGCACUAUCCAUGAGACCAGCCUGGCCAUGAACUUCCUCCACAGCAUUAAACCGCCGCUGCUCCAUCUGGACCUCAAGCCAGGCAACAUCCUCCUAGACAGCUACACGCAUGUCAAGGUUUCAGACUUUGACCUGUCCAAGAGGAUGGAACAGUCGACCCAGAUGCAGUGCGUCAAGAGGUCAGCUCUGCAGGGCACCCUCAGCUAUCCCCCUGAAAUGUUCCUGGAGAGUAACAAGGAUCCAGGGCCCAAAUACGACAUGUACGGCUUCGGGAUCGUGAUCUGGGAUAUCCUCACUCAGAAGAAGCUGUACUCAGACAUCAUAGUGGAGACAGACAUGCUGCUUUCGCUGCUCCAGAGUCCGGUGGCCCACCGUGAGAGCGAGGCCUUGGCCGGGAAGGUGUCCUGCGCAGUGUGCUGGCCCGGGGAGGUGCGUCCUUUUCUCAAUCUUGUCUUCCUCCCAUCAGACUCAGGAGACUAUUUGAAGCAGGUUCUGUGACUCUCAGUGGACAGUGAGAGCCUGGUCCCUAGUGAUGAGCAGGAGUGCAUCUAUGAGAACAAGCUCACCCCCCUCCACUUCCGGGUAGCCUGGGGCCACCUGGAGCGGGUGAGGCUGCUGCUGGCUCAGGAGGUGGACGUGGACUGCCAGACAGCCUGCGGCUACACGCCCCUCCUCUUCACUGCUCAAGAUAAGCAGCUCCUGGAGCACCGCGCAGAUGCCAACCUGGUGGAUGAGGACGGCUGGGCCCCCUUGCACUUUGCAGCCCAGAAUGGGGACGACCGCUCCGCCCAUCUGCUCCUGGACCAGGGGGCCCGCGUGGAUGCCCAGGAGCACGAGGGGUGGACCCCACUCCACCUGGUGGCACAGAACAACUCUGAGAAUGUGGCCCGGCUUCUGGUCUCCCAUCAAGCUGACCCCAACCUGCGGGAGGCUGAGGGCAAGACCCCUCUGCAUGUGGCCGCCUACUUUGGCCACGUCAGCCUGGUCAAGCUGCCGACAGCCCAGGGGGCGGAGUUGGAUGGUCGGCAGAGAAACCUGAGAACGCCACUGCACCUCGCAGUGGAGGGAGGCAAAGGGAGGGCCAUCCAACAUCUGUUAAAAAGUGGGGUGGCCCCUGAUGCCCUCGACCAGAGCAGCUACAGCCCACUGCCCACCGCUGCUGCCAGGGGCAAGCACCUUAUCUGCAAGAUGCUGCUCAGGUAUGGGGCCAACCUGGAGCUGCCGACCCAACAGGGCUGGACACCCCUGCAUCUAGCAGCCUACAAGGGCCACCUGGAGAUCAUCCACCUGCUGGCUGAGAGCCAGGCCGAUGUAGGGGCUCCUGGAGGCAUGAACUGGACCGCCCCCCUGCACCUGGCUGCCCGCCACGGGGCAGAGGUGGUGGUGUCCACCCUCCUGAAAUGUGGGGCUGACCCCAAUGCCGCUGAGCAGUCGGGCUGGACGCCCCUUCACCUGGCGGUCCAGAGGGGGGCCUUCCUGAGCAUCAUUCACCUCCUGGAGCACCGUGCAGACGUCCAUGCCCACAACAAGGUGGGCUGGACACCUGGCCACCUCAAGGGCAACAUGGCCAUCCUCAGAGUGCUGGUCAAGGCUGACUCCCAGCUGGACAUCUAGGAAGGGGUUAGCUGCACACCCCUGCAGCUGGCCCUCUGGAGCCAGAAGCAGGGCAUCAUCGCCUUCCCAGAGGGCAGGAAGCCCUCACUGGCCAUUCUGGGCGGAGCUGAGCCGGGAGCCCAGACGGAAGUUUAG